AUGUUCGGCGUGGACUGGCUCGGUCUCGCCGUCCCUCUCGCCUACCUUGGCAUUCUCUUGGGAUCACUCGCCACAUUCUCGUCACUAUACCGCAAGCGCAAGGCCCACAAGGCCGCAUCUCUAGAGCCAUGGUUCCCCGCCCACCUCCAGCGCGAUAUCUACUUCUCCCUACUUCACCUAGAGCCAUCAUCCAAUGAGAAGAAGACCGCCGCUAUUCCCGACUCCAUCUUCAAGGCAUCUCUCCUUCGCCGCGCAGCAGAGGACAUUCGUCGUAUUAUGGCGCUGCGCGGUCAAAAGCAAGCUCUUUCCAUGUUGCUCCAGCGUGGCAGUGUUGGAGAUGAUCUGUGGAAGCGAUUCGAGCGCGCAGAGAAGGAAAUGGAAGAUGAAGUCAAGGACGUGGUUUCAGAGGCCAAUGCCUAUGUCCCCGGCUGGGGACAAACAAUCUUCCAGUCCGCAAACGAGAUGCUGAACAACGAGAUCUACCGCAAGCGUAUGGAGGAGCAAGCCUCCAAGGUUGAGGAGGAGCGCAAGUGGUGGGACAAGAAGAAGACCAGCAUUAAGGAAGGAUUCAUGAAGGAACUGGAAGAGGAUUCUUCUGCGACUCAGACCACACCCACAUCAACUACGGCCAAGGACCCCGAAACUGCGCCGACGACCUCUCCAGCUCCCGGUGCUUCGGUUCAGGGCAGCGAUGAUGAUGCGGUUCUAGUGGAAGCGGAGAACACAUCCAGCACCCCCAAUUCUCCGGCGAGCGCGAAGAAGAAGGGCAAAGGCAAGAAAUAG